AUGUCUGAGGGAAAGAAGAUGACAUCGAGCCGCAGGCAUCAUCUCAAGAGUUUGAUGCUGCAGAUCGCUGCCAGCUGGCUCGAGCAGGAAGCCACCGACCUCGCUGCCGUCAAAGAAGGUCACAUGGAGGAGCAAUGCCCCGCCCCCGACCUGAGCGGAGACCAUGCAGCUCUAGUGGAUAUCUGCAAAAAGCUUCACCAGGCUCUGGACAAGAUCGAUGAGGAGAGAUACGACGCUGAGGCUAAAGUGGGAAAGACAAACAAAGAGAUUGAGGAUCUGAAGAUGAGGGUGGUUGAGUUGGCCGGAGUGAAGAAGCCGGCUCUGAAGAAGGUCCGUAUGUCAGCUGACACCAUGCUGCAGGCUCUGCUGGGAUCCAAACACAAGGUCACCAUGGAUCUGAGGUCCAACCUGAAGCAGGUCAAGAAGGAGGUGAAAGAGGAGGCGACCGAUGCAGGCGACUGGCGUAAGAACAUCGAGGACAAAGCCGACAGGAAGAAGAUGUUUGAGACUUCCUAAAGACUUUCAAAUAAUUAAACUCUGGUUUCACAGCUUCCUCUUCCUUUCCUCUUCCUC